GACGGGGAAGGACGAGCGUUUGAAAAAAUCGGAGUUCAUCGCGGUUGUGCUAUAGAAGAUGUAUAUGUUUGGCACGUUGAUGAACGCCCAAAGUUUGGAAGUUGAUCCCGAUGGUGUGACAGAGUUUCAGGCGCACGAGGUUGGGAUGUGGUUCCUCCUCGCUUCUCGCCUUUGCAAAGACGAGGGUGGGGAUGCUGAGACUUUGCACCGCGAUAUUAUGAUGAUCGCGGAGUACUGGGCUGAAGAUCAUUCGCGGUGUAUUGGCGAGAGGCAACUUCUAUGCGAGAAGGGAGGCAGGCCUGGACGAUUGUCGUUGUACACGCGCGACGACAGUGUGUACGAAAUCGUUGUGCAGCUUCUUGGGAAACAUUGUAGCACGAAGAACACGGUCUACUACACCGAGUUACGUCACGCAUCGACGGUUAAUACCUUCCAGGGCACGAUGAUCAUCUACACCAAGAAGUUUGUGCAUUUCGAGAAGUCUAUUGAGGCACAGCUGGCAAUCGCAGUGAUCCGGUGGAACAGUCACGCAUGCACACCGCUCGACGUACCGGCUGGCACUUCCAUUCACGACGAUGAUGUCCUGGGGGACAACGACAUUUUCAUAGUUGGUCGUGAGUCGGGUGAUGCGGGGAUUGUAGGUCGUGAGGUCGAUAACGCAAGUAGCUCGGAUGUGGGGGGUGACGAUGUUGAGCUAGAUAGUGAGUGACUUCCCUGACGCCUCACUGACUGUGCGUUCGACUGCUAUGAUCGUUUCCCGUAUUGUUACACCACGAUGUAGUUAUUGUGUCAAUGCUUGCGGCAAAAG